AUUCAAGGAGACCUGAUGAAAUGUGGUGUGACUGAAACUGAAACCUGUUUGAAGGCAAUAACUUUGGCAUUGUCAGAUGGAAGUACUGUGUUUAAAGUGGAUUCCAAUGGAAAUAUUGAGGUCAACAGAAUAAUUGUCCAGUUGCCGCUUUUAACAGCUGAUGUGAGCAUUUUCAAGCCCUCCUCAUUCUACAUUAUCAUUCAGGCCCAUUUGAUUGGGCUUCGUCUGGAGAUCCAGCUUGUACCGUUAAUGCAACUUUACAUCACAGUCAAUUCAGCAUACCAAGGAGAAACAUGUGGUCUUUGUGGCAAUUUCAACAACAUUGAGGCUGAUGACUUUACAACCAUUGGUGGACUCAGGGAAGGAACUGCUUUGGACUUUGCCAACACCUGGAAAACAAGAGCAAGUUGCCCUGAUGUUAAAAGAACCUUUGAGAAUCCUUGCAGUCUUAGCACUGAAAAUGAGAAAUAUGCACAGCACUGGUGUUCCCUGCUGUCAGAUUCCUCAUCAGUGUUUGCCCCUUGCCACUCUGAAAUCAACCCUGAAGUCUACAAAGCAAAUUGUAUAUAUGACAGCUGCAACUGUGAGAAGAGUGAGGACUGUAUGUGUGCUGCAUUGUCUUCAUACGUACAUGCAUGUGCUGCAAGAGGGAUUGUUCUUGAUGGCUGGAGAGAUGCUGCCUGCAAAAAGUACACCCUAACUUGCGUUGCCACCACGGUCUACUCCUAUCAAAUGACCAGCUGUGACCGCACUUGCCGAUCCCUCAGCCAAUCAGACAGCACCUGCGCUAUUGACUUUGUACCAGUAGAUGGCUGUGGCUGUGCAGAAGGAACAUACAUGAACGAGAAUGGUGACUGUGUUGCAUCUUCCAGCUGCUCAUGCUAUGAUUCAGGCAAAAUUAUUCCUGCUGGGAUCUCCAUCUCCAAAGAUGGAGGAUCAUGUAUUUGCGAACAAGGGAAACUGAGCUGCUCUGGUGGAUCAAUGUUAGAAUGCAACGAGCCAAUGACGUUUUUCAACUGCUCCAGUGCUAGCCCUGGUUCCAAGGGAUCAGAGUGUCAGAAGAGCUGCAACACAUUAGACAUGGCUUGCAUCAGUACAGAGUGUGUGUCUGGCUGUGUGUGCCCAACUGGGCUGGUGUCAGAUGGGAAAGGUGGCUGCAUUGCUGAAGACCUCUGUCCUUGCAUCCAUAAUGGAAUUGCCUACCAACCUGGGGAAAGCAUCAAGACUGAUUGCAAUACAUGUACUUGUAAGAAUAGACGAUGGAUAUGUACCACGAACCAGUGCAGUGGGACAUGCAGCAUCUAUGGAGAUGGUCAUUACAGAACCUUUGAUGAGAAAAGAUACGUCUUUAGUGGAAACUGUGAAUACAGCCUUGUUCAGGACUUCUGCAAUAGCACCACCGGCACUUUUAGAGUCAUUACUGAAAAUAUUCCCUGUGGAUCCACUGGCACCACUUGUUCCAAGGCUAUCAAGCUUUUCCUCGGAAGCAAUGAGCUUAGAUUGACAGAUGGAUCCUACCAAGUUGUUCGCAGAGAUGCAGGAGAGGAGAUUCCCUACCAGAUGCGCACCAUGGGGCUUUACUUGGUGAUUGAGGCCAGUAAUGGUCUGAUGCUCAUUUGGGACAGAAAAACAACUAUACACAUCAAACUGAAUCCAGAGUUUAAUGGGCGCGUAUGUGGUCUGUGUGGAAACUAUGAUGGGAACGCAAACAAUGACUUCACUACACGCAGUCAAGCAAUUGCUGUCGACGCCCUGGAUUUUGUAAACAGCUGGAAGCUCUCUAGUUGUCCAGAUGCAACUCUCAUCCAAGAACCAUGUGUCCAUAAUCCAUAUAGGGAGGCCUGGGCACAGAGGCAGUGCAGCAUCAUUACUAGCAAUGUCUUCUCAACCUGUCAUUCACAGGUGGACCCCUCUCCUUUCUAUGAUGCUUGUGUGAGAGAUGCAUGUGCCUGUGAUAGUGGUGGAGAUUAUGAGUGUUUUUGCACUGCUGUAACAGCCUAUGCACAAGCCUGUAAUGAGGCUGGAGCCUGUGUUGCCUGGAGAACACCUAAAAUAUGCCCAUUAUUCUGUGAUUAUUACAACCCCCCUGGUGAAUGUGAGUGGCAUUACAAACCUUGUGGAGCUCCUUGUAUGCAGACAUGCAGAAACCCCUCUGGAAACUGCUCUAGUCAGAUACCAGCGCUUGAAGGUUGCUAUCCUAAAUGCCCUCCAGAGCAGCCUGUUUUUGAUGAGGAUAACAUGAAGUGUGUUACACAGGAAGAUUGUGGCUGUUAUGUUGACAUGUUACAAUAUCAGAUUGGCCAGCAGGUGCCGACCACAGAGAACUGUCAGUCAUGUUAUUGUACAUCGUUUGGUGUUAUCUGUGAAUUUGAUGUAAAUGCAUGUACAUGCCAAUACAACAAUGUAGAGUACAACUAUGGAGAUAUAAUUUAUCACACAACGGAUGGACUGGGAGGAUGUAUCACAGGCAGAUGUUCAGUCAAUGGAACUAUUGAGAGGACUUUGAUACCUUGUGAAACGACUGCUGUUCCAACUGUCACAUCCCCUCUGACCACAACACAGAAAUUAACACCAACCCCGACAACAGUUUUUGUCUUCAGCACCCCAGUCGUUACAUCCACACAACCAACAACGCAAACAAAGACAACUGAAGUGCCAGUCACAACACUUGUGUCCACAACAGUGAGUGCUGAAUCAUCCACUGCAUAUGAGCUUACCACUCAGGGUCUUUCUUCAACUACAAAACCAGUCAAAGCUGGAACAACUCUUUCAACCACCUCACCAGCCAUCCCAUCCACUACUGUCCUUGUCGAGGAGGGAAGCACCACUGUCCAACCACCUACAGAAACCUCAGCUCCAACACCCAUGGAAGUUUGUGUCCAUAAUACCACAGUGUAUCAGCCUGGCUCACCUAUACCAAGUGAUGAUCCUUGUACACUUUGUCAUUGUGGUGGGGAUGUAGAUCCUGAAACAAAACUUCUUACUCCAGAGUGUGUGAUAGCUGACUGCAACUAUAACUGUACAGAGGAUCAGGAGUACCAAUCUAUUCCUGGUCAGUGCUGUGGAGAGUGUGUUAGCACUAAUUGUGUGGUUAUGCAUGACAACGUCACAGUUACCAUUUCAGUUAACCAGACAUGGCAACCAACUAAUGACAAAUGUGUGAAAUACGAGUGUGAACGAAACAACGGUAACUCAUUGGCAGUUGAGAUUAAGACUGCUUGUCCUGCCUUUAAUGCUGAAGAUUGUAUCCCUGGAACAGAGACAACUGACGCUAAUGGCUGCUGUAAAACUUGUACACUGGACAACAAAUGUAAUGUCCAGAAGAACAGCACCUUCUUGGUCAGCAAUGACUGUAUAAGCAGCACACCUGUGGAGAUAACUUCUUGUGCAGGCUUGUGUGGUACCUCAUCAAUAUACUCUGUAGAAGUGAACGCUCUCGUGCAUUCAUGCUCGUGCUGUCAAGAAAUGACAACCACCAUAAAGGAAGUGACUCUGACUUGCCCAGAUGGGUCAAACAUCAACCACUCAUACAUUCACAUUGAGUCUUGUGGCUGCAGGGCCAGCGAUUGCUCUGGUCAAUCUACUUACUUAAAGAGACGCCGGAGGAGAUUGUAAACCUGCAUUUUUAACAACGUACAGUAGAGCCAUUUCAAAUGUAUCUUAUGGCAUGAAUCUGUAAAUUGUAAAACUUUU